UGUUUUUCUCUCCCGUGCGCGCUUUGCUGCGGCCGUGUGCUUCCCCUGCUUCCUCCGCCCUGUCGGGACGCCUUGGAUCCCCACUUCUCUACCUAUCCAAUCCAAUCGGAGGCCAAGCGACUCCGAAAGAUCGAAUAUUUCUGCGGGAGAUCCCAAUUUCCAGUUCCUCUUGUUGCCCUACUUCGAUUUUGCUGGUUUUUCCCCUUUUUAUUUGAUCUUUCGGUGAUCCUUGAGUCCGGGUUUAGAUUCCUGCUUUUGAUCGCCGAACGCAUCUUCUCGUAUCGGUUAUCUGCUUGUUUUGUUGGGAAUUUCGGGAGACUCGGGAGCUCCGUGUAUGACUGUGGAGCAGCUGCCUAGGGUUUCCUGCUGCUAGCGGUUAGGGUUAUGGGGAGCACCGGGGAGCCGGGGAGGAAGCGCCGCCAUUUUAGCUCCAUCUCCCCCACCAGUGCCGGUCCCGCCGCCAAGAAGCAGCCGUUCGCCCCGUUCUCCGAGGACAAGAAGCUUGAUGUUGCUGUGCUGCGGUACAAGAACCAGAAGCUUGCUGAACAAUUAGAAGCUCAGAAAUUUGAGUAUCUUGCUCUCGAGAAUAAAUUUCAUCAGCUGAAAGAGAAACAGGAGACUCACGAUGACACGUUAGUUGUGGUUAAUAAAUACUGGGGGCGGCUUGUUGGUGAUCUGGUAUCACUUUCUGUCAGUGCAAGUCGAUCCACAGGUGCUGUUCACUUGAAAGAUUCUCAUGUGACAGAGAAUGGACCAGUCUCCCACACAGAAGAUGAUUUUUUGACAAGACUCACGGAAACUGGUGCCACUGAGUGUUCAGAUGAUGUAGCUCCAACUUUGAACCAAAAUGAUCUACAAGCAGCACAAUUGACAAAAAAAAACAUCUUACAAAAUAUUAUAUGUUCAUUUAAUCAUGUGUGGCAUGUAAAUGAGGUGUGUGCUGCUGCUGCCCUUGCUACUCUGCCUGAAGAUGAACCCAGUAGGACAUUGCUGAAAACUGCUAAAGACCUAGAGGUAGAGAUUAGGAAGUUUCUCAUGGCUGUAAGUGAUCUUCAUUUGAAGCACAGACUGUUGGCAGAUAAUGUCCAGAACCAUCGAGAUGUAGACAUUAAAAACAAAGCUGAAUGUAAACGCCUGGCAGAGGAGUUGGCAAAUACAGUUUCAGAGUUGGAAGAAAGCAAUCGUAGACUAACAGUCCUCAAGUCGCAAAAAGAUACAGCACAAACCCCACGAUUCCUUUUUCAAACUUUAGGAAACAAACCAGUAGGUGCAGAUAAGGUCAAGGAUGUUCAAAAGGAUAUGCAAGAUAUGGAAUUUUAUCUCAAGGAAUUGAUGGAUUUAGUUUCAAGCCGAUUAACAGAGAUUAGUAGACUGAAUGAAGAAAGAAUUGAAAUUCUAAAGAAACUGGCCUAUUUGCGGAAUGCUUUGAUGAAUGUCAAGAGUAUAUCUUCAUCCAAAGCUUUUCAAUUGCUGAAUGCUCACCUGCAAGGAUCAAGAGAAGAAAUGGAUGUGUGCCGGGCAUUGCUGGAAAAAUUGCAGGUUGAAAAGGAUAGCUUCAGUUGGCAUGAAAAAGAAGUAAAUUUGAAAGUUGAAUUAGCUGAUAUUGCUCAGAGAGUCUCUCUAUUCUCUGAGUCUAGAAUUGCUGAGCUAGAGCAGAUUUUGCAGAAACUAGCCAAUGAAAGGGUUCUCUUAGAGACCAAAUUUGAAGAGGCCACAAGAGAACCAAGUAGGAAAGAAAUAAUUCACGAAUUUAAGGCACUUGUUUCAUCGUUACCUAAAGACAUGGGAAUCAUGCAAAGUGAAAUCGAUAAAAACAAGGGGGCUGCCGUAGAACUUAAUUCUCUCCGUGCAGAUGUUCAAUCUCUUUCUAGUAUGUUGCACAGGAAGGAGAAUGAGAUUAAAUCUUUAUCUGGAAAUUCCGCUCAUCAACUUUCUGAAAUAAAGAAACUGCAUUCAGUGCAGCUUCAUGAUUUAAGAGAGAGUAAUCAGGAGUCGAUGCUAUUCCUAGAAAUGUAUAAACGUGAAUCCACAGAUUCCAGGGAUGUCAUAGAGUCCAAGGAUAGUGAAUACAAAACAUGGGCUUUGGUUCAAAGUCUUAAAUCAUCUCUUGAUGAGCACAACUUGGAGUUGCGUGUUAAGGCAGCCAUUGAAGCUGAAGCAACAUCUCAAAAGAGGCUAACCUCUGCUGAAGCCGAGAUCGAUGAACUAAGGCGGAAGUUGGAGGCAUGUGGCAGAGAUAUAUCUAAAUUGUCUGAGAUUCUGAAGUCUAAACAUGAGGAAGGUGAAGCCUAUAUAUCUGAAAUCGAGAGUAUUGGGCAAGCAUAUGAAGAUAUGCAAACUCAAAACCAACACCUCUUGCAGCAAAUUAUAGAGAGAGAUGAUUACAACAUUAAGCUUGUUGUAGAGGGCGUGAAAGCAACGCAGCUCCAGGAAGCACUGCGCUUGGAACUGCAAACCAUGAAUAAGAAGUUGCAGCAGGCAAACUUGUUGGUGGAUUUAUAUAAUAUAAAAGUUUCCCAAAUGGACGACCUGUUAAAGGUAUGUUCAGAUCAAGUUGGGAAACUUGCCGAGGAUGGGUGGCAGAGUACUGUCAUGUAUGAGAAUACCAAAAAAAGAUUAUUGGAGGUGCAGACUGAGUCGGAUAACUUAAGGCAAUCAUUUGACGGGAUGCAAAACAAGGUCGAGAAAGGCCGAGUGGAUGUUGCAAAUAUGUUGAUGGAACUAGAGAAGGAGAGGUAUGACAAGAAGAGAGUUGAGGAAGGCUUAGAAGUCAUGACCAGGAAAGCUGCCUACCUUAGGGCACAAAUCAAUGGUUCUACGGUCCUGGAGAAACUUCGGCAAGAAGUAAAGGAAUACAGGGGGAUCCUUAAGUGCAGUAUCUGCCUCAACCGACAAAAGGAGGUUGUGAUUGUGAAAUGUUACCAUUUGUUCUGCCACCAGUGCAUUCAGAGGACCUCUAGCAGCCGUCAACGUAAGUGCCCAACUUGUGGCACGAGUUUUGGGCCUAAUGAUGUGAAACCAAUCUACAUAUGAUCCUGGGUUGUUUGUGUCGUUGUGUCAUCGGAGAUGAUGUAUUCAAAUCUGAUGCGGCACCACAGAAGGCAAGUUGUGUCGCCGCUGCCAUUCUUGUGUCUUGAAGCUUAGUUUUUGUUGUUGUUGUUGUUGUUGUAACAUAUCUUGUGAUUGAAUGAGGAGGCACCAUGGGCAGUCUGUCUUAGCAAGUUGUAUCUUCCCGGUACACGAUGAACCACUGGACCAGCCCUGCUCCAUCCAAUCUAUUGUUUCAUAAUUCAAUGAAAUGAAGCUCAGGAUUCACCUUGCUUGCCUUACUGGACUCUGCCAAAUCGGACUGAAGCCUCAAUUGUAAUAAGAUUUUUGGAGGUUGCUCCUGUGGAUUCUUCCAUUUUUAUAUAUCACUCUGGUUGUUUCA